AUGGUAUCGAGUUACGAGCCCCCACACGGGAUUUGUCGGGUGGAACAAGUAUCGACCCAAGAAGUGGAAAACAGUUUCCUUAUUAGGAAAGAGAUCGUGGAGCUCACGUUCGAAAGAAGGAAUCAAGAAAAGGGAGGGAAUGAAGUAAUUGUUAGUCUUCAUUACGAGCCACGGUAUCUUUUCGAAAUGCGCUUGAUCUCGAUUGCAAAAGAAGAGCUUGUCUUGGUGGUCAUAAUCGUGAACGAGAUGAAGAUAGACGUACGAUUUCUGGUUAAACCUGUCGAAUUUGUGGGUCAACGGGAAAUCGGGAGGCAGAAGCCAAGAAGCUUCCGGAAAGGGCUCGCAGAAGAGAUCGGGAAUGUCGAGGCCACGGUCAACGAGUAA